UUUUUUUCUUUUUGGAUCUUGAAAAUCUUGGGGUAAGGAGAGAAAUUUCAGUUUCGUGAAUAAGAUAUAAACGAACGGUUUGGGGUUGGGUGUUUGGAGUUAGGGAACGAGGCAAUGGGGGAGGGCGGGUGCUGUCCGUCGAUGGAGCUGUUCCGCUCGGAGUCGAUGCAACUGGUGCAGCUGAUCAUCCCCAUCGAAUCCGCCCACCUGACCAUUUCAAACCUUGGCGAUCUCGGCCUCAUUCAAUUCAAAGAUCUAAAUGCAGAAAAAAGCCCUUUCCAGCGGACAUAUGCUACUCAGAUUAAGAGAUGUGGUGAAAUGGCACGUAAGCUACGUUUCUUUAGAGAACAGAUGUCGAAGGCUGGGUUAUUAUUACCUUCAACCACUCCUAUGACACAAGUUGAUAUUGAUCUGGAUGACUUGGAGGUUAAACUUGGAGAACUUGAAGCUGAGUUGAUGGAGAUUAACGCAAACAGUGAAAAGUUGCAACGCACUUAUAAUGAACUUCUAGAAUAUAAGCUAGUGCUGCAGAAGGCUGGAGAGUUCUUUUACACAGCUCAGAGUAGUGCUGCUGCUCAGCAGAGAGAAAUUGAUGCUCAUCAAUUUGAUGAAGGAUCCAUUGACAGUCCUUUAUUAUUAGAGCAAGAAAUUUCAGCAGAUCCUUCAAAGCAACUGAAACUGGGUUUCAUCAGUGGCCUUAUACCUAGAGAAAAGUCCAUGGCAUUUGAAAGGAUUCUAUUUCGUGCUACCAGGGGCAAUGUGUUUCUGAAGCAAGCUGCGGUUGAAUAUUCUGUAACUGAUCCUGUCUCUGGGGAGAAGGUUGAGAAAAAUGCAUUUGUGGUCUUCUAUUCUGGUGAAAAGGCAAAGACCAAAAUUCUCAAGAUAUGUGAAGCUUUUGGAGCGAAUCGUUACCCAUUUACUGAAGACUUACGGAAGCAAGCUCAGAUGAUCACUGAGGUCUCUGAGAAAAUUGCAGAGAUGAAGGCCACUAUCGAUGUUGGGCUACUACACCGAGAGAAUCUCUUAAAGACCAUCAGCUAUCAAUUUGAGCAGUGGGACUUUUUGGUGAGGAAGGAGAAAUCUAUUUAUCACACUUUAAACAUGCUCAACAUUGAUGUGACGAAGAAGUGUCUUGUGGCAGAAGGAUGGAGCCCCGUUUUUGCAACAAAACAGAUUCAGGAUGCGUUGCACCGGGCCGCAUUGGAGAGCAACUCACAAGUUGGUGCAAUACUUCAGGUUUUGCAGACAAAGGAAUCACCACCUACAUAUUUUCGGACAAACAAAUUCACUUCUGUUUUUCAAUCAAUUGUUGAUGCAUAUGGGGUGGUAAAAUAUCAAGAAGCAAAUCCUGGUUUAUUUACUAUUAUCACAUUCCCGUUUCUGUUUGCAGUCAUGUUUGGUGAUUGGGGCCAUGGUAUAUGCUUGUUCAUUGCAUCAUUGUUCUUUAUAUCCAGAGAAAAGAAAUAUUCUGGUCAGAAGCUUGGAGACAUAACAGAAAUGAUCUUUGGCGGUCGGUAUUGUAUUAUGCUGAUGGCAUUGUUCUCAAUUUACACGGGUUUGAUCUAUAAUGAAUUCUUCUCAGUAUCAUUUGAGCUUUUUGGCAAAUCUGCCUAUGCAUGCCGUGAUACUUCCUGCGGGGAUGCUACAACAAUUGGCUUGAUUAAAGUGGGUCCCACUUAUGCAUUUGGUGUAGAUCCUGAAUGGCAUGGUUCCCGCAGUGAAUUGCCAUUCCUUAACUCUUUGAAGAUGAAGAUGUCAAUCCUUAUUGGUGUAACCCAGAUGAAUCUUGGAAUCAUGUUGAGUUAUUUUAAUGCCAAAUUCUUUGGAAAUGGCCUGAAUAUCUGGUUCCAAUUUAUUCCCCAGGUGAUAUUUUUAAACAGUGUGUUUGGCUACCUUUCUCUCCUCAUAAUUAUGAAGUGGUGUACUGGUUCACAAGCUGAUUUGUACCACAUUAUGAUAUAUAUGUUCCUGAGUCCAACAGAUGAUCUGGGUGAAAACCAGCUUUUUGUUGGGCAGAAAACUGUUCAGCUCACAUUACUAUUGCUGGCCCUAGUUGCUGUUCCAUGGAUGCUAUUGCCAAAGCCCUUUCUGUUGAAGAAACAACACCAAGAAAGGCAUCAAGGUCAAUCCUACAUGAUACUUGACAGAACAGAUGAUUCUUUAGAAGUGGAAGCGCAUCAUGAUUCCCAUGGACAUGAGGAAUUUGAGUUCAGUGAAGUUUUUGUGCACCAACUUAUUCAUACCAUAGAGUUUGUCCUUGGAUCAGUCUCAAAUACGGCUUCAUAUCUCCGGUUGUGGGCCCUCAGUCUUGCACAUUCAGAGCUGUCAAGUGUCUUCUACGAGAAAGUUCUACUUCUUGCUUGGGGGUUCAACAACAUUAUAAUCUUGAUUAUUGGCAUCAUGGUUUUUAUUUUUGCGACAGUCGGUGUGUUGCUAGUGAUGGAAACACUCAGUGCAUUCUUACAUGCCUUGCGUCUUCACUGGGUGGAGUUCAUGAGCAAGUUCUACGAGGGAGAUGGGUGCAAGUUCAAUCCCUUCGCCUUUGCAUUGCUUAGUGAAGAGGAUGAGUAGACCAUUGCUUGAAGCUAAAUGAAUCUUUUGAAACAAUUGAGAUAUUGAAUGUGCCAACCUUGAUAUGAGUCAUCAAUUCUUUCAUUUAGAAAAGAUUUGUUGAAGCCAGUCAAUAUGUUCCACCCUCCAAACUUAUGAUCUCCAUCUGCUGAAAAAUAAAGUCUCCCAACUGCAGUCUGUGUAUGUGGUGGGUUGGUUUUCAUCAGGAUUUGUAUUAAUGUUAUUCAUUUAUGUUGGGGAUCCUACUUCUGGAUGGAGGAAAUACUGGGUCUUGUGAUA